AGUUGGUUUGUCCCGAGAGGCCGCGUUCCCAGAACCCUCCGCGCAGAGCGCCUGCCUUCUUUCCUCGGGCUGAGGCGCAGCGGCGCAGCUUCUUGUUCCUCCCGCCGGGUUGCCCCCCCAAUCGAUAUCCAUCCUCCUUUCGCCUCGCGGUUAUUGUAAAAGUGGCAGCUGGCUGGUUCAUGCAUGAGAAGAUUUGGUUUGACAAGUUCAGAUACAAUGAUGCUGAGAUACUAUGAACAGAUGAAUGAUCCAGCCACUAGUCCUUCCUGCCAGCAGGAUGCACACCUUAAUGUGGUGAGGGGGUUUAAGAGCAUUGAAGAAGCUGAGAGCAAUGCUGUGAGGAGUCUAGACCAAGAGGCUAGAAUCCCAGCAGGGGCACCCAAGGCGGAAUGGUCAAAGCUGAGGCACCAGAUGCAUCCAGACUCAGAGGAAGGCAAUGGUAAACCACCGCUGAAUACCUGCUACCAUGAAAACCCUAUGAACAGAGUACCCAAAAUGCAACACGAGAUAGUGCUGGAAGAUGAGACCCCCAGUUCUGAUGGAACUCAGCAAGCUACUGUGGAAGAACAACAGGCAAGCACAAGUAGCACUGUGACUAAUGACAGAACUGGGUCAAAGCUGAAUGAAAGCCCAGAGGCUGAUGCGCACACAUGUGAAUGGAGAGUCCAGAGUUGUAUGAAGCACACAAUAGGAACAUGGAAUGUGAGAAGCAUGAACCAUAGAAAGUUAGAAAUUGUCAAGCAAGAAAUGGAACGUAUCGACAUUGCAAUACUUGGCGUGAGUGAAUUAAAAUGGAUGGGAAUGGGACAUUUUGAGUCGGGUAACUACACAAUAUUUUAUGCAGGAUAUGAGAAAUUAAGAAGAAAUGGGGUUGCUUUAAUAGUGCGAAGUGAUGUAGCAAAAGCGAUUAAGAGCUAUAAUGCAAAGUCUGAGCGAGUGAUAUCAAUGAGAUUUAAUGGGAGACCUAUCAACAUAACCAUCAUCCAAGUCUAUGCUCCAAUGGCAAACACAGAAGCAGAGGAAUUGGAGAGAUUUUAUGCAGAAGUACAGGAGGAAAUUGAUCACACACCAAAACAAGAUGUGCUGAUAAUCAUGGGAGACUGGAAUGCAACAGUAGGGAACAGAGAAGAACUAGGAAUUGUGGGAAGGUGGGGCUUAGGAUAUAGAAAUGAAGCAGGAGAAAGACUUGUUCAGUUCUGUGAAGCUAAUAAUUUGUUUAUUGCAAACACAUGUUUUCAGCAACCAAAAAGACGACUGUACACAUGGACAUCACCGAACGGUCAAUACAGGAAUCAAAUUGAUUAUAUAAUUGGUAGAAGAAGAUGGAAAAGUUCCAUACUUUCUGCAAAAACAAGACCAGGAUCAGAGUGCGGUACAGAUCAUAAACUGCUAAUAUCGGAAAUCAAAGUAAAACUAAAAAAGAACGAGAAAGCAAUCACAAUGCCAAAAUACAAUUUCAGUAACAUCCCAGAGCAAUAUAAAGGUCAAAUCAGGAACAGAUUUGAGGCUUUAAACUUAGUUGAUGGAGAACCAGAAGAACGAUGGAGUGAAGCAAGAGACAUUAUCAGGGAAGAAUGUAAGAAGACAACACCUCUAGGUAAAAGGAGAGAAAGACCUCAAUGGAUGGAUGAAGAAACUCUUAAAAAACGGUUGAAGACAGAAGGAAAGCAAAAGGAGACAAAAACACGGGAGCAGCAAGGAUGGUCCUGGAAACAGGGGAGCACCUGGAAGUUCUGAAGAGUGCUGUUUGCACCCCAGGGGGCACAACCAUCCAUGCCCUGCAUGAACUGGAGAAGGGUUGUCUUCGAGCUACUGUCAUGAAUGCAGUGGAGGCAGCCACCAGCCACGCUCGUGUAUUGGGCAAGAGUUAGUGGGGGGGCCUUGGGUAACAAGCCUUGGAAGUGAAAGGAUUUAUCCUUUUCCCACCAAGGACGAUGGAGGCCCUCAAAUAUUAUCCAUGGGACUAAGAUGGAGAACUCUCAGUUCCUCCUGAAAAAAAGAUAGGGAAGACUCCAAGGGCAGGCGCCCUGGCACUUUCAGUCCUAUGAGCUUGUAAGAUUCAUUCUCGGCUGUUUCAUUGGAGGAUUGGCAUGUAAUAAAUUUCACAGGAUGUUGCUAAUGGGAUCUUCUCUGGUUUUCCUUCGAAUGACUGGAGAGCAAGUGAGGAGCCCACCUCAGUGACUUUCAUUCCUCCCCCCCAUACACUAUUAAACACACCAAUUAUGAUUUCUUGUCAA